GCCCGAGCGAUCGGGGCUUGCAGCGACUUUCCGCGCUCGGCUCUGGAAAUCAUGCUUGCAAAGUGUGGAAACAUCGGGGAUGCUGUGAAGUCUCUCGUCGCCAGUUUGUGGAUCACUGUUACCGUCUGCUCUUUAACUGCCCACGGACAGGAGGGUAAUGGCUGUGGGCAUACAGUUUUGGGCACAGAGUCUGGCACACUGGCCUCUCAGAACUACCCGGGCACCUAUCCCAUGGACAGCUCAUGUAAGUGGAGGCUUCGUGUGCCACCUGGGCGGAUGCUGCGCCUCCUGUUUGGAGAUUUUGACAUUGAGAGCAGCCCAGACUGCGGCAAUGGAUCUCUCGUGAUCACAGGAAACAACAUGGAACUCAGCCUGGGUCCAAUGUGUGGGAAGCUUGAUGCUUCACAGAAGAAUGUGACAAUUAACAGCAACGAAGUGACAAUAACCUUCAAGUCAGGGCCACAUCGCUCAGGACGGGGGUUUCUGUUGUCCUACACCACAGACCAGCACCCAGAUCUCAUUUCUUGUCUACAACGAGGAUCUCAUUUUAUGUCGCAGAGUUUUAGUGUUUACUGCCCUGCUGGCUGUAAGAAUGUGACAGGGGACAUUUGGGGGAACUCUGAACAGGGUUACAGAGAUACUUCAGUGCUGUGCAAGUCUGCGGUUCAUGCUGGGGCAACAUCUGAUAGUCUGGGAGGGCGUGUCACUGUGAUCUGUGGCAGGAGCCUCACACUCUAUGAGGCCACCUUUGCCAAUGGGAUCCUGUCUAAGAUGGGAUCAUUAUCUGAAAAGAAGCUGCUAUUCAGCCGAGAAUGCAUGAGCAACUUGGCUGUGUCUGGUUUAAAUGCCUCAUCUUUACUGGAAAAAGUGGACAGUCAGGUACAGAGAAUACACUGGUCCACCAGAAAUACAGACUUUGCUGGAGAGUUUCCACCUUGGGCAGCUGACAAAAAUGAUCCAAAUCCCUGGUUGGAGCUGGAGCUGACUGAUAAAAGCACUGUCACAGGAAUUAUAACAAUGGGAUCAAAUGAAUUCUACGUAGAAUCCUACAUUCUUCUUUUCAGCAAAGACAGAAAGAACUGGAAGGUUUAUAAAGGGGCACUCAGCAAAGAAAAAAAGGUGUUUGAGGCCCAUUCUGACGGCCAUGUGAGGGUUCUCAACAGCCUGUUUCCUCCUGUGGUGGCGCGGUUUAUCCGGCUGCAGCCACUCAGGUGGCAUGGCAAAGCCUCAGCUCAGGUCCAGCUCCUGGGCUGUCCUGCUGCCAGGGUCACACCAAGGUCCCGCUUGGAUGGGGCAUCUCCCUCCCUCAAAGUGAACAUUGGCACAGUGCGGCCAACCUCAGCUCCCACAGAGGGUCCCAUAUUUGUUAAGGACAAAAGACUAAGCUCCAGUCAGCCAGUAAUAGUGGCAGUGGGAGUGGUCCUGGGACUGAUCAUGUGUGUCAGUUGUCUGCUGGCUGGAGUCUGGUGGAAACGAAGGAAAAAAGAUGCACAAAUGAAGUACUCCUUACCCAAAGUGGGUUGUCAGAGUUUCCAGGGGAAGAGUCUUUCCUGCCCACAGUCGGAGCUUAUCUCUUACCCUCUGGAGCGAAGUGUCCAUGACGCUCUACCUAACCCCCCUCUCAAUGAUUAUGCUGAGCCUGGUGUUGCAUCUAUUGGACAGAAGAUUGGGUCAACGUUUCGGCCUGCCCUAGAUGAGGGCUACACCACCCCCUUCACCUUCAACCAUUAUGACACGCCUGGCAACCUGCCAGAAUAUGCCAAGCCACUCCCCCCAGAGCCAGAGUAUGCCACCCCAUUCAGUGAGCAGCCCUCAGAGUCCAACCUUCCUGUACCGACGCCCAGUAGUGGUACCAGGACAACAUCCACCCAUGUUCAGUAUGACUGCCCCUCACACAGAGCGCUGUCCAAUGGCUACUGCACUCCUUCUCUUAAUGCCAAUGGCCCACGGCCAGCCAGUGCUAUUUACGCUGAGCCCCAGUCCUCUGACUCCUUACUACAGAAGCACACAUAUGAGGAGCCUUUCUGAAAACACCGAGCUCAGACCGGGAGAAACAAGACUCAUAGUAUGGCCUCAAGUGGACACUGACCUGGGACAAUGUUAUCCCUACUGUACUAAUGCUAAUAGGCCUGACAUUCCCUUAAGUAAUGUACUCAAUGUUGGGGAGUCAUUGUGGAUCACUAUGCAUAAAAAAUGAGGGUAAACUUACAGCACACAAUGAUCUGAGAGCCAUACACAAAGACUUUUGUCAAGGUCCUGCAGUCGUUCAUUCUGCUUUGAAAUACCUUAUGCUGCACAGAGAACAUGCAGGUAAUACAAAGUGUCUCAGAGAUAAUGUUUAUUGAUGAAAUGUUAUUGUUUUAUUCACAGACUGCACUUUCAGAGACUCAUACAGCAAUGUAUGCUUCAGAAUAAUAAUCUAUUUAAUAGAUUAAUAGCAUAAAAAAGGCAUUGAAUAUGUAUCACCAGCAUCUAACUUUUUGCUCUCACAAUAUAUAACAAGCAGGUCAUUGUAUGAUAUGAUAAUACAAACAAUAACAUGUUUUACAUACCAUAUUGGAAUUACAGGACAAGGUAUAACAAAGUGGUUGAUAUGUAAUUGCUGUGAUUAUAUAUAUGACCACUAGAUGGCUCUAUUGAGCUAUAAACGUUUCACAACAA